AAAACUCUCUGUUCAAAGAACGAGUUGUAGAAUCAUCACAACAAUGUUCAGUUGGAUGGGAAGAUCCUACUGAACAACAAGAAAAAGCCCGGUUAAAAAGACUGUCGGAGUGCAAUAAAAAGUUUAUAUUAACCAGUGUGAAUACCAGUGAUCGACAAAAGUAUGAAAAUGCUAUUGAAAAACUUGGUGCUCAAGUAUUACGAAGUGCUAUAUUUUGUGAAGAUGUUACUCACGUUCUUAUGCACCAGCCAAGUAGAAGUGAAAAAUAUUUGUGUUCUCUUGCUUCUGGAAAAUGGAUAUUACAUCCAAGCUAUAUUGAUGAUUGUUUAGAGGAAAAUUGUUUUUUGCCAGAAGAUAAAUAUGAAUGGGGAAAUCCUUUAUCCGAUUUAUCUUUAUCAACACCAUUGCAUGGAGCAGGUUAUCGAUGGCGUUCUAAAAUUUGUUCUGGUAAAGCUGCUGCAUUUAGUGGUAUGAGAGCUGUAUUAAUGACUUCUGAAAAUAGAUACCAAGCUUUGACACGUCUUAUACGAGCAGGUGGUGGAGUGAUACUGGAUAAAAAAGAACUUUUGCAAUCUACUCAUUGUAUCGUCGACCAAGGGUAUGGUAAUAUUCCUGUUCCUUUAAAUGAAAUUGCUGUCAAGGGUAUAUUACUAUUACCAGCUCCGUUUCUGGCUGAUUUUCUUAUUAAAGAUCCAGCACCUGAUCCUUUAAAAUAUCUAAUACCUGAGUACCAAGCUUUCUAUAAUAGAUUAGCACCCAAUACGUGACAUUAUAAUGUGAACAUUAAAUAUAUUGUACUGUUGUAAUUUUUUUAUCUAUAUCAGACAUGCAUUGGGUAUUAUAUUUUUUUUAAUACUAUCAUUUUUAAUUUUUAAUCUAAUAUGAAUUAUAUGUUGUAUACUUCCAUGUAUUGAUGCUUUGUACUUUUUGAUAUACUAAACUAUUUCAAA